AUGGCUUCUUCAAGAGCAGAAGUUCAACCUCUUCCUUCUGAUGUUGCUACUAAGAUUAAAUCUUCAACCUCAAUCACUCAUCUAAACGGAGUCAUCUUGGAGCUGGCGAAGAAUUCUUUAGAUGCAGGUGCCAAGGCGAUUCACAUAACGGUGGAUUUCAAGCGUGGUGGUUGUAUUGUCGAAGAUGAUGGCGAUGGUAUUCCUCCGGCCGAGUUUGAGUCUACUGGAGGCCUUGGCAAGGCACAUCACACGUCCAGGUUUCAAAAACCUGGGAAAUAUGGACAUCGUGGGCUUUUCAUAUGUUCUCUGGGUGCUUUAUCCUUGCUUACUGUCACAUCUCGACACGUUCAACACCAGGCCACAAACUCCCUUAUUGUUCAUCAUUCAAGGCCAGUGGCACGAUUGGUUCCUGCGCCAGAGCACCAAAAGCUUCAACAUAGUGAGCAUGGCACUUGUGUUACAGUAAACGAUCUUUUUGGCAAUAUGCCAGUCCGUGUCAAGAGUCGAGCUCUUGCGUUCCAAAAACCAGAUGAGUUAGAUCGCGAGUGGAAUCGCCUAAGACACUCGCUCAUUUCUCUCGCGUUGGCCAAUAUUCAACUUCGAAGGUUGGUUGUUUUUGAUGAAGGAAAAAACAAAAGAAUAUUCGUCCGCUCAGACAGCUCCCCGCCUGGUUUGAAUCUGAAUGUUCCUGGACAUGAGGUUGAUCUCGAUCGAAUUGGGUCUAUUCUUUCACAAUCCGGGAUGAUCAAUUCACGGAGUAUGGAUUCAUGGCAUGUUUUAUCAGCGAAAAUUCCUGACUUUACUAUCUCCGCCGCAAUGUCAACACUUGCCAGCCCUUCAAAGAAAAUACAAUUUAUAUCCCUGGGUCAAGAUCCCGUGCUCUCACAGGGAGGAUCUAAUAUUCUCUUCAAUGAGAUCAAUUGUUUAAUAUCUUCUUCUGACUUUGGAUUAUCGGGAUUCGCAUCUCGAAGCACUACUGCUACAAGCCUAUCACAUGCACUGGAACCCUUUGACGCACCCAGGAGUGCAAGCAGCAAAGCGUGGGCGAAGCCGAUAAACAAGUGGCCGAUGUUUUAUAUACGUAUCGACACAAGCACCGUCAUCCCCAUGGAUGAAGAUACCAAAGAGAUGUCUCCGAACUCGGAAAAGUCCCUUCAACGGAUAAUAGAUGUCCUAGAGGCCAUGGUUACGGAAUUUUUAAAGCAGCAAGAUCUGCAUCCUCGCAUUUCCAGGGGAAAAGGGAGGCCCUUAGAGCGUGACCAACAGGCAACUACCGAACAAAGCCGCUCUAGAUCAUUCUCUAGGCCACGCAGUGUACGGCCGAGCACGGAAGAGAGCUUUGCGAGUGGUGUCAAGCUUCCUUCAUUUCAACGACCUCGAGCAGUUAAUUCCAGUCAAAAUCUUAAUAGUUGGUCCAGAGUGAAGAUUGCGAAGGAUUUCAAUAACCGGGUUUCGCUUAGUCGGAAUAAUUUGAACACACCAGACGUGGAGGCUCCGUCUUUGGUUAGUCGACAAAAUAGCCGGCCUAUUUCUGACGAACAUGCUACAAUCAUUUCAUCUGAAGUAUCUUCAAUUCGACCAUCUCACAGACUGGAGCAGGAGAGAGAAGUACAUCAGGAUGAAAUUGCCCCCUACCACCAGCAAACGGUCGAUGGGAUGAUCCCUUGGGUUGACCGACUUACUGGAAAGGUUCAUAUGAUCAAUUCACGAACUGGUCAAACAGCCAAGCCCCCUAGACCCGAUAACUCAAGGCCGAGCGCCGACAGAGGAAAAGAGUCUGAUCACAAGGUCUGGGUAGAGAAUUUGCUGAAGGUGUGGAACAAUCCGACUUUCACGCGCACUGAGCGGCCCCUGCCAAGCUUCGAUCUCGAGACAAGCUACUUGGACAUUGCAACUUCCGCCGGUAGCGGUUUUCAUGAUACCAGUGACUUGGCUACUGCUCAGAUCACUAAGUUCAAGGGCAAACUUCAGCGCCCAAGCCUAGCAACUGCCACUAUCAUAGCACAGGUGGAUCAUAAGUACAUUCUUGCCAGACUCAAUGCAGAAAACAUGCAAGCUAUUGACAAUCCGGAAACAGUUUUAGUCUUGAUUGAUCAACACGCAGCAGAUGAAAGAUGUCGGAUUGAGCAGCUAUUCAAUGAGAUGUUUCUUCCAACGGAGUCGGAGUACGAAAUCCAAGUACGCACUGUUGAAAUCGACCCAACCACCUUCAAAAUAUCUUCGACGGAAGCUGUACUUUUUCAAAGAUACCUGAGCUUUUUUGGAAACUGGGGGAUUCAAUAUGAAGUGAAAGAAAAACCUGGCGCCGAGGGGACUGUUUUGGUUAAGUCUUUACCAGCUCUCAUUGCCGAAAGAUGUCGACUUGAGCCUGGUCUGGUCGUCGAACUUCUUCGCCGAGAAAUUUGGACAAACGAGGAAGACAAUAGGAAGUCAUCGGGUUCAGCAAUGACAUCCACUAUGAGAAAGCUAUACGGUGAUGAUAUUACAUCUAUGGACGCUGUGAAAGAGGAUUCUGCACCCCAUUCCUGGGUACAGAAAAUGAGUGGCUGUCCCCAGUCCAUUUUUGAUCUACUCAAUUCCCGUGCAUGUCGAGGUGCAAUUAUGUUCAAUGACCCAUUGAGCAUUGAUGAUUGCAGAGCUUUGGUCUCCCGGCUAUCCAAAUGUGCAUUCCCAUUUCAGUGCGCCCAUGGGCGACCAUCCAUGAUUCCUAUCCUAGAUCUUCGACCACAGCCUGACCAUAAGUCCGAGGCCUUAUACGAAAGCACCCCUGCAUUCGAUUGCGACGAAACCGAGAACUCGGCGCUGGAUUUUAAAGAGGCUUUCCAAGCGCAAUAUGACAAUGAGGCGAUUGGGCACUAA